GCAUGCUUCUGACCAUCCAAAGAACUGUCCAAAAAUGCCGCUGAAUAUUCUGGAAAUUGUCUUAGUACUUGGAUUGGCCUUGAAUUUCUCUACAUUCUAAUCCAGUUGACAUUUCCAAUGCUUCUAUUUUGUCUUAACUGAAUUUGACAUGGACUGAUUUUUAUAGAAGUGGUUUCCCUCACUUUCUCCAAAAUCUUGCUUAAUGUAAGUUCUUGGUUCAUCUUCUGUGAGAGACUCUUUUAAGUUUCGAUCCAGGUUAUAAUCCUCUUUUAUCAUCCUUUGUUUUCUCCCAUUUCUUUUAGGAAAUUCUUUUUAUAAAGUCUGGGAUAAGGAGGAGAGCCUGACCACAGUGCAUGUCUGAGACAAUGAGCCGUCCCUACCUUCAGAUACUCUUUUUCCAAGAAUUGCUGCUGCUACUGUUACUUGAAUCUUGUUAUAUUGCAGACUGUUACGACCCUUUGGAUCCGAAUGGGAAUAUAACAAUUACGUAUGAUAUCAUUUCAUGGACCACUGAAACCGAUGGUUAUUGGGCAAAGGUGACCAUCGAGAACUAUUACCAGUACCGCCACGUGGAGAAACCUGGAUGGAAAUUAGGGUUUGAUUGGGCUGAGAACGAGGUAAUAUGGUCAAUGACCGGUGCCCUAGCUACACAGUCGGGCAAUUGCUCAGCCUUCAAGUAUAGGGUCCCCCAUUGUUGCCAAAGAAGCCCUGAGAUCAUAGACCUCAUGCCUGAUGCAGCUCGCAUUAACAGAUCAGAAAAUUGUUGCAGAAAUGGAGUUUUGGCUGCUCGUGACAUCGACCCCAAAAAUGCAAUUUCCAUCUUUUAUAUGACCGUGGGGAACUUGCCUAGCCUUUGGACAGGGAAGACACCAAAGAAUGUGACGUUCAUGGCUCCUGGACCAGGCUACACAUGUAGUCCUUUUGCUGAUUAUUCACCCACUAUUUUCCCUUCUGUUGGCGGUCGGAGAGAAACUCAAGCAAUUAGGACAUGGAAAUCAACUUGUACCUAUUCUCAGUUUAUUGCAAACAAGGCACCCACUUGUUGUGUCUCGUUAUCAUCUUUCUAUGAUUCCAAUGUCACGCCAUGCCCCCGUUGUAGCUGUGGUUGCCAAGCCCAGGAAAGAACCUCUCUCUCGUGUAUCGGAGACACCAAAUUUCGUGGUUCUUCACUUCCUGUGGGUGAAGUGGAAGAAGGCCUUGUGAGGUGCACCAGUCACAUGUGCCCUGUUCGAGUCCACUGGCACGUGAAGAACAAUUACAUGUACCAUUGGAGGGUGAAAUUAACAGUGACUAAUUACAACUAUGCGGCUAAUUAUUCUAAAUGGAACAUCAUGGUUCAGCAUCCAGGGUUCAGUCAGGCGACCACUGCUUUCAGCUUCAACUCUACCACCCUUGAUACAACCACGAGUCCAAAUGAGGCAGCCCUAUUUUGGGGGCUCGAAUAUGUCAAUGGCGAACUUUUACAGGCUGAUAACACGGGGUUUGGAUCAGUGACAUCUGAGAUUCUCUUGCACAAGGAUAGGAAGUCUUUCAGUCUCAGGAAUGGGUGGGCCUUCCCUCGAAGGGUGUAUUUCAAUGGUGAGGAUUGUAUAAUGCCACUUCCUGAUGUUUAUCCAAUGCUACCAAAUGGUAGCUGUGGCCCUCUAACUAGCCUCCAGAACCACCUAGUUUUGUUGUUCAUGCUGCUUGUACUGCUCCAUAAUUUUCAUCUUGAGCAGUAAAAUAACCUCUUUUUUUUUUUUGGAUGGGGGACUGGAAGCAAAUGGAAACUUUGUAAUCUUGAUGUUUUGGGCCAGCAAUGAAUUUAUGUUAUUUCUUAAA